GUCAGUGUCAGAAUCAGCUGAUUAUAUUAUAAACAAAGCCUCCCAUCGGCAAGAAAAAUAUGUCCUCACCACCGGACGACCGAAGCUACUUGGAACUCUCUGAGGAACCCGUGAGGUUCGAACCAGUGAACCAGUUAACAAACGUGUUCUUCGAUGACUCCAACAAGGACGUGUUCACCGUAAGGUCGGGGGGUGUGAUGGGGGUGGUGGUAAAGGGCCCCCGUGAAGACUAUAAGCCCCUGAAUUUCCGUAUGGAGGACCGCGGCACGGUACUAUCGAUAAAACUCUCCUUGGACCAUAAGAUCUUGGCGGUCCAAAGGACUAAUAGUUCCGUGGAGUUUAUGAACUUUAACCGGGAAAGUUUGGAUGCCGAGUAUUCGGUCAGUUGCAAGAAGAACUGUAACGUUUUGGGGUUCGUUUGGGCGACUAUUAACGAGCUAGCCCUAAUCACCGACCACGGGGUGGAACUGUACACCCUAAACCCCGAGAAAAAAUCAGUGAAACAAGUGAAAACCCUCUCGGUUACCGUGCAAUGGUUCGUGUGGUGUCCCACCAAUAAAAUCGCCAUUUUGGCCUCGUCGCACGGCUCCCAACUGCAACCCGUCCUAAUAAAAGCCGGCACCAUCAAUAAACUACCGAAAGUCGAAACGGAACCGGGUCGCAUGGCCUUAGAACGGGACAUCACCCUGGCCACCCUUUACGACACCCCCGCGGUACUGAUCUUACGUCACCAGAGCGGCCCCCAGACCGCCGAGGUGCACGUCCACGUCCUUUCCGGGCCGGGACAGUCCCCCGUAAAGUCCCACGUACUAAAGUUGGGCCUGUCCGGACGUUUCGCCAUAAACGUCGUCGACGAUCUAAUUGUGGUGCAUCAUCAGGCGAGUAAAAAGUCUCAGAUCUUCGAUAUCGCUUUGCCGGGGGACUGUGACGGGACGGUACGGUACCACGUGGCCGUGGCGCCCCCCAAGUCCUUUAAAAGUACCGUUUUGACGUUGCCCGGAUUGGUGGAGCCCCAGAGGCACGAGUGUGAACUCUAUUCCCCCAAUUGGGUGGUCUUCCAGCCGAACAUCGUGAUCGACGCGAAACUGGGCUGCCUGUGGCACAUCAAACUUCGCCUCCAGGAACUGUGCGAGGAAAUCCGGGACCUGGAGGUGUGCACCCGGGUUCUACUGAAACGCCACGAAGGCAAACCCGUUUUACUUAAGCUCCUUUUGGACGCGAUCAACGGUCCCAGGCCGCCCCUGGACGCCCUACAGCCGGUCUUCAACCACGUCAACUUCGUGUAUAGGGAGUGGGUGGAAACGGAGCUGCAGAGUCAGUCGGGAGCGCCCCCGGGGGCCCCCUUGAGCCCCCCUUUGGCCAAUAGGAAACGGCCCCGGGUGCUCAUCGAUCAAAACGUCAUGGUCGACGAGAUUUUUCAAAAAAUCACCGGGGAUAUCGAGAGGGGGGUUCUUCUGGCUUACGUGAGUUCGUUGGCGGAGUUCGGGAUCCCCGCCCAGUUCGGGUUGAAUCGGAUGUUGGUCACUAAUUUGGCGAAACAAAAGAAGUUUACGGCGCUACAGCAGCUGUUGCAGUACGGGGUGAUAGCGGACAGUAAACCGAUGGCGGUGCUGUUGUUAUCUCUGGGCAAUAUGCAUCCCUCUAGUAAACAGAUGGCGCUCGAUAUGCUCGCGAGGCUCAAGGCCAACGAGGAAAUACAAGAAGUACUACUUAGCGAUGGACAAGUGUUGUCCGCCCUAAAACUCGCCAAAGAGGAGGCGAACGUUCGCAAAUAUUUAACGGCCGCCAGAAACAGUCGAAAUCCCAAUUUACUGCACAGCGUCCUGUUCUACUUCAGGAACCAUCCGCGGUUUUCCAAUUUACUGCAGAACGAUGAGCGUCUUCACGAGUUUAUCAGGGACUAUAACGCGAUUUUUGAUGGUUAAGUCUUGUUUUGAAAAUUAAUGUGAAAUUAUAAAUUAAAUUGUUAAAGUAGA